AUGGCCCUGGAAAAGGCCUUUGACAAAGUUAAUUGGAAUAAAAUGCUGCUCACAUUACGAGAAAUAGGUGUUGAAUAACAAGACCUAAGAAUCAUCCACAGUCCUUACAGACAGCUUGCAUUAAAAAAAUGAGAAUUCACUACUAAUGCUCAAAUAAAAAAAGGAAUCCGACAAGGGUGUACGUUAUCACUAGUAUAACUAGGGAGCAAAAUUUGAUAGUAAGAGCGUCCGAGAGCUAAAACAACGCAUAGAAUUAGCAAUAACUGCCUUUAGUAAAAAACAGAAGUUGCUCACUUCAAAAAAGUUACAUCUCAAUAUCAAGAAGAGACUUAUAAAAACAUAUGUAUGGAAUGUUGCAACAUAUAGAUGUGAAACAUGGGUAAUAAAUGAUGCUGAAAAGAAAAAAUUAAAAAUCUUCGAGAUGUGGUCUUGGAGGCGUAUAAAAAGAGUAAGUUGGAUAGAGCGGAAAACUAAUGAAGAAGUACUUAGAACUGUGGAAGAAAAAUGUACACUCAUAGAUGCGAUUAGAGCAAGAUGGUGGAAAAUAGUUGGGCAUGCCUUAAGACAUCCAGAAGAGUUGCAUAAUAUAAUAUUAGAGGGUAUGAUAGAAGGAAAGAAGACUGCCGAACCUCCCCGAAACUCUUAUAUAGGACAAACGAUAUGUGAGAAUCAAAACCUUUAA